UGCUUUCAGCAUCCAACCAAUGGAGAGUGAGGGCCUGCAGCAGUAGGCCCUGGGUAGGGUGAUUGAUGGGCAAGCGGGGCGGCGGGCGACCGCACUCACAAUCCGCCGCGCUCCGCUCCGCGGGGCUCCCGGCUUCCCACCGCCCGCCGCGGCGAGGGGUCCCCGGGGCACCCUUGUGUGUGUGUGUGUCCGUGCGUACGUCUGUCUGUCCUGGGUGAGAGGCUCCUGACGUGUUUUGAUACCUGGGGGUGCUGGGUCUCAUCGGAGCGGGACCAGUGUGCCUGGCUGGGGUGUCGGUCUUCGCUCCUGGAAGCUGUCGGGUGUGCGUGGCGCGGUUGUGUCUCCAGUGUCUGUGUCCUGUGCCGCGCUGGGCACGGCUGUCGUGUCCCGGGCUGCGGGGCUGUUUCACUCUUGUACCUGGGCUGCGCAUGGCUGUGCUGCUGUGUCUUCGUGCUGAGCGUGUGGCUGCCGUGUCCCGGCCUUGCGUGGCUCUGCUGGCGUUUCUCGGGGUGCUCUGCCGUCGUGCUAUGGGACUGAGCGCGUAGCCCGCGUUCCGCGGCUCUGUGCGGCCCCGUCGCCGGUUUCGGGGCGGUGCGGGGCUGCGCUGCCCUGCUCGGGGCGCAGGUCCGGCCCCGGUGCCCGAGCGGCGGCAUGGAGCACCUCGGGGCUCACCACCUGCACCAAGGGCAAGCCGAGCCCAUCAGCUUCGGCAUCGACCAGAUCCUCAACACGUCGGAGCCGGGCAGCUGCAUGGUGUCGCACCCGCGGCUGCAGGACUCGGCGGACUACGGGCUGGGCUGCAUCGUGGGCAGCGCCUAUAACACGGUCACGGGUGGCUACGGGGCGAGCGGCGGCGCGGCCGGCGCCUACACCGGCACCUCCUGCAGCAUGGGCGGCCUGCCCGGCUCCUACAACGUGAACAUGGCGGUGAGCAUGAACGGCAACACCUUGAGCUCGGCCGGCGGCGUGAUCCGCGUCCCGGCCCAUCGCCCCGUGGCCGGCGGCGUCCACCAGCCCCUCUCCGCCGCCGUGCCGGCGGUGAACGGCAUGAACAGCCUCACGGGGCUCACCUUCCCCUGGAUGGAGAGCAACAGGCGGUACACAAAAGACAGGUUCACAGUGGCCCUCUCACCCUUCACUGUAACACGCCGUAUAGGUCACCCCUACCAGAACCGCACGCCCCCCAAGAAGAAGAAGCCGCGCACCUCCUUCACCCGGCUGCAGAUUUGCGAGCUGGAGAAGCGCUUCCACCGGCAGAAAUACCUGGCCUCGGCCGAGCGCGCUGCCCUGGCCAAGGCCCUCAAGAUGACGGACGCCCAGGUGAAGACCUGGUUCCAGAACCGGCGCACCAAGUGGAGGAGGCAGACAGCGGAGGAGCGGGAGGCUGAGCGGCAGCAAGCAAACCGCAUCCUCAUGCAGCUGCAGCAGGAAGCCUUCCAAAAAACCAUCAACCAGCCCAUCCAAGCCGACCCCAUCUGUGUCCACAACUCCUCUCUCUUCGCCCUUCAGAAUCUCCAGCCUUGGUCUGAUGACUCCACCAAGAUCACCAGUGUCACCACUGUCGCCUCUGCUUGUGAAUAAGUCUGGCACCCACUGGUGGCACCUACACCUUCUACUGGCAGGGCUGUCCCCAGGGGGACACGAGGCAUCCUUGGUGGGACAUGUAGCAACUCUGUUUCAUCCCAAGGAGGACUGGAACCCCCUGAUCCUCUGGCCACAUGCAUCCUAUGUAUCCAGCUGGCAAAGCCCUCUACAAGGAACAAAAAGAAGGAAAGUCAUCCCAAAAACUCUCCCUAGCCAUGGAGUUGCUGGAGCAGCAAUGCUGUCUCACCUCCCCCCAAUCCUUUUGUUCUCCUGAAAGUCUCCAGUGUCGACCCUGAACUUGCUGAAGUGCUGCCAGACAAAAGCCUAGCCCUGACAGACACAGCCGCUGGUGAUCAUCCUGCUGGGGGAGAGGAAAACUUCCUUAGGAUUCUACUGGCGGCAGUGCAAAGUCUAUGUACACCCAUAUAUACAUGUAUAUCUAUAUAUAGAUAUAUAUAGAUAUAUGUUUUGAACUGUUGGCUUGAAAGAAAAGGAGAAGGCUCCCUGGGAAGCAUGGUCUCUGCUGUGAGCCUUCUUGGGUUGUCUGCACCGGGGACGUUCGGGGAUGCAACAAAUGGAGGAAACAGCAGCAAUUUCUGCUUGUGCCAGAUGGGAACCCUUCAGAUCUCACCUCGCUGUCUCUCCUCCCCUUUUUCAUUAAUUUUUUCUUGCAAGGGGGGAACAAGAGAAGGAUCUGACAGACUCCUGAGGACGGUAAAUAUGAUAUCUCAAUUGUAUGAAGAGCCCAAACAGUCCCUGGCUGCCACGGACUCUGUGCCCAUCAGCGAGUAUUUUAAUAACGAGAAGACCUGGGUGGCAGUUUGUGGGGGUAAUGCAGUUUCUUUCCAUGGAAUAUUUCCAUAUAAUUUGCAAAAUGUUGUCCAAUGUUUUAUUUUAUCCAUUUCCAAUUAGAAGGCAGUUCCUGACAACAAAAAAUUUAUUUCACUCUCAGCUGUUUAACUUAGUUAUUCUUUUAAUUGUACCAAGAGAAUGAGACAAAAUUAAACAAAGCACUUCUAGCAAAUGCCAGGAAUAUAUAGCUAUAUAUAUAUAUAAACAAUAUAUAUUUUUCAGUUACUUAUAAUCUAAAACAGCACUGCCAAUUUAAGCAGUUAGUACAAACAAGCAACCAGAAAACCAAUUUUCAGUGAGAUUUUUAAAGGCAUUCAUUUGUUUGCUUUUGUUUUGUUGUUUUGUUUUUUUUUUAAGUUAUGCACUUACAAGGUGUUUUAUGUGUAUUCAUUUUAUAAAGUGCUUGUGUAAUUUAUGUGGAAAUGAAAAAGAAAAUAAAAAAUCUCCAGGGUACUGAAUAAAUCAUUUAAAGCCUUGCUGUUCCCUGUCUAUUAGUUCCCCAAGAGGAGACAGCAUAUCACUACUACUGCUGAAGCCUGUGCUUUUUUUUUUUAAAUAAAAAUAGAGUUAGCAUUUCCAUUUGACUUUGCUCAGGUCCACUUGUCUUUGGAAGCUCCAGAUGUAAUAUGCUGUGUUUUAAUCUCUGGUCCUAUAAACAUUUUCAGGCUCCAACCCAACAGUGCAUUUAGUUUUUGCUUUAAUUGAAGCCUUUCUGGGGGCUUGCUGGGGGUGGCAGGGACUGUGCAUGGGCUUAGCCUUAAACUCAUGUGGAAUAAUUUAUUGAAUAAGACCUUGGAAUGAGGUCUCACCUGGGUUGAGGCAGAUCUACAGAUAUUUGUGUCUGAAACUUAAUAUGGAGAGGGGAAUUUGAAUAUAAAGAAAUGUGCAAGAGUACAUUUUAGAGACAAUCUUGCCGGGGAUUAUUCUGGGCACACUGUUUUCCAUUUGUACUCAGCCUUGCUGCAGGACAUUGUCCCCAGCUUGGCAAGCCCUUCUCAGAGGAAUAUCAAACGGGUGGGAAAACUCUCAUCAGUUUCCUUGCGGGAGACUCCCAGCCCUGUGGCUGGCUUCAGCCUGCUGCUUCCUUCCAGCCCUGGAGUUACUGAGUAAAGGAUGUUGGAGGAUACGGCUGAAAAGGGCAGGCAGCCUCGAGCAGUGGCAGGGACCCCCUGACGUGGCCCUGGGUUCCAGGCUGCCUGUGGGACAUCUGCAACAAAACACCCCAAGCCUCUGAUACCUGGUGGGGGACAGUGCUCCUCGAGGCUGGGUCCUCUGGGUGCAGCGUUGCUGAGGAGUUUGUUGAGGGAGAAUAUGAAUAACCUACUUCAUCCAAAACCUGCUGUUGUAGGACUGGGCUGAGAAUUUAUGGUGCUGCAGGAUUUUCCUGUUCUGCAAUCCAAUGUGUAUGUGAACACAGAGAAACAUCUGCAGCAAUGGAGAGAAAAGAAGCCAGAAAAAGGAAAACAUGAUAAAUCAUGGGAAAAUACGAAACUUGGAGAGCAUGCAUUUUUAGAAAUAUCUUUAAAAGAUGUUGAUUACUGCCAGAAGAAAGCUAAAAUAAAAUAAUAUGUAUU